GACAUAUUCAGGAAGGUCCAUCCCUGUUUCGUAUCCUGAAUGUUAUGCCACAUAAUUGGCGUAAUGAAAACGCCCCUGAAUAGCCAACAGCAGACAUACAGUAGGGGAUUUUCCAGACCAGACUCGGCAGGGCAGACGUCUCUAAGGGUGUCAUCAGUGUCCGUGAAGGAGGACAACCUUUUGUUCCCCUCAGACAGACAUCUUUAUUUCCUUAUACCUGGUUAAUCUUUUCUGUCAUGGAGACCUAAAGUCCCCUAGGAGGGAUGUUCCAAUCGGGGGGAGAGGGCUGACCCGCCAUGCCCAGGGUGUGUGUGUGUGUGUGUGUGUGUGUGUGUGUGUGGGGGAUGAGCAGGUGAGCAUGCGUUUUUGUUCAUAUUCAUCUUGUUUUACAUUAACACCAAACCCCAUAUCUCAGCCCCAUUACACACAGUCAUGCGUUUAGAGUGGUGUCUGUUGGAGACGGGGAGAGACCAGGGGACAGAGAUGUGUAGGGGAGACCAGGGGACAGAGAUGGUGAGACCAGGGGACAGAGGUGUGUAAUACGGAACCCAAAACCGGCUGCGAGCGUGCGCCAUCGUGCAUAAAUGUAUUUUGUCCCCCCACACCAAACGCGAUCACGACACGCAAGUUAAAAUAUUAAAACAAACUCUGAACCAAUUACAUUUAAUUUGGAGACAGGACGACAAGCAUUAAACAUGUAUGGCAAUUUAGCUAGCUAGCUUGAAUUUGCUAGCUAAUUUGUCCUAUUUAGCUGGCUUGCUGUUGCUAGCUAAUUUGUCCUAUUUAGCUGGCUUGCUGUUGCUAGCUAAUUUGUCCUGGGAUAGAAACACCGAGUUGUGCAUUUCAGGUAAAAUAAACAAGGUCCUCUACUCCGACUAUUAAUCUGAAUCGUUUCUAGUCAUCUCCUACUUCCAGGCUUUUUCAUCUUUGAACUUAUAUUGUGAUUGGCAUCUAAACUUUCAUAGUAUUACCACGACGACCAGCAACAAAGUUCGUCUUUCAAUCACCCACGUGGGUAUAACCAAUGAGGAGAUGGCACAUGGGUACCUGCUUCUAUAAACCAAUGAGGAGAUGGGAGAGGCAGGACUUGCAGUGCGAUCUGCGUCAGAAAUAGGAAUGACUUAUAUUUUAGCCCUUGGCAACGCAUACGCUGGUGAGCAGUAUGGGUGCAAUAUUUGAAUAACAUAGAUUCCUACAUUUAUUUUGCAGUGCACGCAAUAUGAGCGGUGUAGUCAGGGUAUAAGGGAGACCAGGAGACGGUGAGACCAGGGGACAGAGGUGUGUAAGGGAGACCAGGCAAUGGGAGAGACUGUGAAGACCAUGGGAGAGACGGUGACACCAGGGGUGAGACCAGGCGACAGGGAGGAAACGGGGCUUUAGUUCAUGAGUGAGGCUCUAGCAGUCUGUGAAACCAGUCUACAGGGAAGAGGUGAAUUGUUGUGGAGUCCAUCAGGAGGGGACAGAGUGGUGUGGCCUACUCUGGUGGUAUCAGACAGACGGUACUAUGUAGCUCCGUUAGUAGAGCUUGGUGCUUGCAACAAUAGUGGGUUCGAUCCCCGGGUGCACCCGUAUAUAAAAUGUAUGCAUGCAUAACUUUAAGUUUCUUCAGAUAAAAGCGUUUGCUAAAUGGCAUUUGUUCUUCUAUCACAGACAGACAGCACCAUCUAAUCAUGUUCUGUUUCUCUGUAGCUUUGUAUUCUUAGCAGAAAAGCCUGCUGAGACACGUUAGGCAAAUCACUUUUUACAGCGUGCGCGUGUGUGUGUGUGUGUGUGUGUGUGUGUGUGUGUGUGUGUGUUUAUUCCCCCUGCCCUGGGUUACUCAUCCCUCUCUCCCUGAGGAGAAUGGUCCUUCCUUUUAUUUAAUUCUACAAACUCUAGAACUAUAUUAAGAAUUCAGAACUUAAUCUAAAAACUUGAUCUAGAGGCUAUAUCUAGACUCUAUAAUCCAUAUAUCUAGACUCUCUAACCCAUAUAUAUAUAUAGACUCUAUAACCUGUAUAUCUAGCCUGUCUAACCGGUCUGUGAAUGGACACCCUGGUUCAGCUCCAGAACAGCCCGUUCCUCAUGGGUCUCUGCCGGAACGGAGCUCCAGUAGACCUGCAGUAUGACAAUUCUUCAGAACUGUUCCGUAUCUCCACCUUCGCCCGGUUUCCGUCAUUGGGGGUAACGGAGCGCAGUCUGGCGAGAGCAGGGUGGUUCUAUACUGGCGUUGGAGACCGGGUGCAGUGUUUCAGGUGUAACGUGACGGCGGAGGGCUGGCAGACAGGGGACUGUCCAACAGAGAGACACAGACAGCUGUCCUCCUCCUGCUCCUUCAUCCAGACCCUCCCCUCCACAGCCAACCUUCUCUCCUCCUCACACUCGGCCUUCUCUCCUCUACGCAGCGCCCCUGUCAUACCGGUGUCAGGCCCUGGCCCAGCCCCCCUCCCUGUCUCCGCCCCUAACCCUGCCCCCAACCCAGUGCCGGGGGAGGAGCCUGUUGGAUAUUUGAAUAUGGGGUUCUCUGCCCCGCCCCCCUCCAGCCCGCUGAGCUCCAGAGGAGUAGAGGACAUGUCCCACCAGAGACCCCCUACCUGUCACAACCCCAGUAUGAGGAGAGAGCAGGACCGUCUGGACUCGUUCCACUCCUGGAUCCUGUCCAUCAUCACCCCCUCUGAGCUGGCUAAGGCUGGCUUCUAUUACCUGGGACAGGGAGACCGCGUGGCCUGCUUCACCUGUGGAGGACAGCUCAGUAACUGGGAGCCAGGGGACCGGGCCGUAUCAGAGCACCAGAGACAUUACCCCAACUGUCACUUCGUCAGAGGAGACCGGGCCGACAACGUCUCCCUAGCCGGGGUGGUGGGGGGGGUAGCAGGCACCUCUCAGCCCCCCGGGGCAGAAGCCCCAGCCCCCCCGGGCCCCGGCCCCCCAGGUCUCAGUAACGUGUCUAACCCAGCCAUGCAGCAGCGUGAGGAGAGGUUGCUGACCUUCGUCCACUGGCCCUUACGUAUCCCCGUACGCCCUGACCAGCUGGCCAAGGCAGGGUUCUACUACGUCGGGCGUAAUGAUGACGUGAAGUGUUUCUGCUGUGACGGGGGUCUGAGAUGCUGGGAGUCAGGUGACGACCCCUGGGUGGAGCACGCCAAAUGGUUCCCUAGGUGUGUGUACCUGCUCCAGGAGAAAGGUCAGGAGUUUGUCCAUCAGAUCCAGGCUCGCUUCCCUCGCCUCUUUGAACAGCUCCUAACCAAUGGGGACAGCAGCUCCAGAGAGUUUGUGGACCCCCCGGGUGAGGAGCGCUCGGAGGAUGCCGUGAUGAUGAACACUGCGGUGGUUGUGUCGUCACUAGAGAUGGGGUUUGAGCGUGGCCUGGUGAAGCAGACAGUCCAGAGUAAGAUUCUGACCAGCGGAGAGAACUACAAGACGGUCCAGGAACUGGUCUCAGACCUGCUGAGUGCAGAAGAUCAGAAGAGAGAGGAGGAGAGAGAGAUGAUGGCCGAGGAGAUGGCUUCUGGUAGUCAUUCAUUCUUAAAGAGACACCAGGCAGCGUUGGUCCAGCGCCUGAAGAGUGUUGAGUCUGUCCUGGAGCACCUCCGAGAGCAGAACGUCAUCAGUGGAGAGGAAUACAGUGGUCUCCAGGGCCAGUCCUCCCAGCAGCAGACAGCCAGACUGAUAGACUUGGUCUUGACUAAAGGGAACGCAGCAGCUGAGGUCUUCAGGAACUGGAUCCAGAAGAACGAUGUCUACCUGCUCAGAGACCUCAUGGCCCAGGCAAAUGAAGCCGCAUCACCGAGUCAAGAUCUCUCAGACCUGCCGAUGGAGGAGCAGCUACGGCGCCUGCAGGAGGAGCGGACCUGUAAGGUGUGUAUGGACAAGGAGGUGAACAUUGUCUUCAUCCCGUGUGGUCACCUGGUGGUCUGUAAGGAGUGUGCUCCCUCUCUGAGGAAAUGUCCCAUCUGCAGAGGACUGGUCAAGGGCACCGUCCGAACCUUCCUCUCCUAGAAGACCUCCAGGAACCAGGGACCCUCACUGAGGAAAUGUCCCAUCUGCAGAGGACUGGUCAAGGGCACCGUCCGAACCUUCCUCUCCUAGAAGACCUCCAGGAACCAGGGCCCCUCCCAGCACUGUCAAACUUCUUUGACCUAGUCUCCUAUCUACUCCUAGAGAAUAGCUACCAACAGUCUAUUCUAAGCGUGUCAUUCUCUAUUCCUGGAUGGCUUUGUUUGCUGGUUUUUGUGAUCUCCUUUCAUUUCGUGUCCAAUGAAUUCCUAGAGAACCAGGUGAGGGGAGUUCCUAUUUAAUCAAUAAAGACCUAGACAGUCAGGUGAGGGGAGUUGCUAACUAAUCAAUAAAGACCUAGACAGUCAGGUGAGGGGAGUUGCUAACUAAUCAAUAAAGACCUAGACAGUCAGGUGAGGGGAGUUGCUAACUAAUCAAUAAAGACCUAGACAGUCAGGUGAGGGGAGUUGCUAACUAAUCAAUAAAGACCUAGACAGUCAGGUGAGGGGAGUUGCUAACUAAUCAAUAAAGACCUAGAUAGUCAGGUUAGGGGAGUUGCUAACUAAUCAAUAAAGACCUAGACAGUCAGGUGAGGGGAGUUGCUAACUAAUCAAUAAAGACCUAGACAGUCAGGUGAGGGGUGGUACUAAUGAAUCAAUAAAGACAGAGACAACCAGGUGAGGGGAUUUACUAACUAAUCAGUGACCUUUAUUGAUCAAUCAAGUACAAGAGAGUAGUGAAAACCCGCAGACACUCGACCCUCGAGGACUGGAGUUUGACACUAUCCCAUGAGCAACAACUCUACAAUCUCACCGUCUCAAAUCAUAUCGGAAUGUAGCCUGUUAAACCUAUCUGCUUAACCAUUAACUAAUAUGUUCCUGUGUAGAUAUACACAUUACAGAACUCUGUAGGAAUGCAUGAGAUUAUAUAGAGGCCUAACUAUAAUUGUCCAUCUAUGUAAUCAGUCCAUUGAUAGAGCAUACAACGACUUCCUGUAGUUGAAGUUUCAACUGGACAGAUUAUGUGUAGUGACCAGUGAAGGCCCUGCAUCCUGAAUAGCACCCUAUUCCCUAUUUUGGGCACAUUGGGAACUGGUUAAAAGUAGUGCACUAUAUAGCAAAUAAGAUACUAUUUGGAACGCAGGGCAGCCAGUCAAGGCCCUCGCAUGUAAAGGCUAGUUUGACUAUUCUGCUGUUGAAUGUCUCAAAUAAAGGCAAAGUUGACUAUU